AUGUUUUGUUUGAAACUUUUGUGGAUUCGUUCAAAUAUAAUUAUCAUUAUUAUUUUUUUAUUAUGUUUUCUCGAAAGGAAAAACAAUUAUGUUAAAUGUGCUAAAAAUCCAAGGGAUCCACCAAUGGUUAACAUACCUGGUCAGGGUGUCGUCACUGGAAAAGAAGUUGUCAUAUCCAGAGCAAAAGCAUUUUUAUAUUUAGGAAUUCCAUAUGCUCAACCUCCUAUCGGUGAUUUAAGAUUUGCUCCCCCGAAAACGGAAUUACCAUCUUGGACGGAAAUAAAAAAUGCAACGGAAUUUUCACCGGCUUGUUUACAAAGUAAAACGCAUUUUCAAGAACGGGACAGACUUUUUACUAAUUUGAUACCGGAUAUACAAUACAGCGAAGAUUGCCUUUAUUUAAAUUUAUUUAUACCUGAUGCCAAACCUAGCGAUGGUUGGCCGGUCAUGCUGUGGUUUCAUCCCGGUAAUUUGAGCAACGGAGCUUCAAUAUUUUGGGAUGUUCGGAAAAUAAAUUUUACGAGAAAACAUGUAAUAGUGGUGACAGCGUCUUAUCGUCUUAACGUGUUUGGAUUUUUCACAACAAAUGAUAACGUGGCUCCAGGUAAUUUAGGACUUUUAGAUCAGGUUGCAGUUUUAGAUUGGAUUAUGAAUAAAAUAUCCGCAUUCGGUGGAUCGUCGUCGAACGUCGUUCUCUGCGGUCACGGAGCCGGAGGUAUGAGCGUGGGUCUUCACAUGGUAUCACCAUUAUCAAGGGGAAAAUUUCAUAAAGCCAUUGCCAUGAGUUCCAAGGGAAUAAUAACAAAAUCCGUUAAAUCCCGUGAAAUAAUGGAAUCGUAUAAAUACGAAUUGGCGGAAAUAUUUGCAUGCGCAACGAAAAGUCCACUUUUGGUAUCGUGUUUGAGAAGAUUACCAGGAGAAUACAUAUUGGAACACGCAUCUAAUUUAUUAGAUUUAUUCGGACCCGUCAUUGAUGUCGAUUAUGCAAAUAAUUCAAAAUCUUUCCUUCCGGACGAUCCGGAAAAUCUAUUGAAAAAUGGAGAAUUCGUUAAUGUUCCAUUGCUUUUGGGGUACUCGCAAAUGGAAGAUGCGUUGAAUUUACUUCAAUCCAAUGAAAAUUUAGAUUACGGUUUGUCAUGGGACGAUUUGAACAUGUUCGUUUCGGAAACUGUGGAAAAUGACAUUGAAUACAAUAACGUGAACGAUUCUUGCAUUGAAGAAUUAGCAUCGUUGCAUUUGAAAGACACGGUUAUGUUUUACUACACUCCCAGACCUCUGUCCAACGAUUUGACAUUAUUAAGAGAUAAAUACAUAAGUCUAUUAACGGAAAAAUUUUACGGUUCGGGUACUUAUUUCCUCGCAUCUAUGGUAUCUCAGACGAGAAAAUCAGAUGUUUACGUUUAUAGGUUCGAUUAUAAAAUCAAAACGGAUAAUGCGGGAGCUAAUAGGUUACCCAAUUGGAUAACGGCUCCCCAUCAAUUCGAUCUUCCUUUCAUAUGGGGAAUGCCAUAUUGGAAUCAAAUAAAAUCCGGCGUCACUUGGAACAGCGCUGAUAAAAAAAUGUCCGACGUUAUGUUAACGCUUUGGGGUAAUUUUGUCAAAUACGGUAAUCCGACACAUUCGAAUAUUAAUUUAAAAUGGGAUGUUUUUCAAGACAAUAUAUCGACGAUAAUGAUAUUAGAUAGGAAUUCAAAUGUGAGUGACGUAAAUAUAUUCGAUUAUAAGGCGUUCGAAUUUUGGAAUAAUUAUUAUCCGAAAGUAUGGAAUAUAUUACUUCAAGGAUGUAACAUGACGAGUAAUGGAAUUUCAUCACGUGAUUUUUUCCCAUCAAAAUUUAAUUAUCAUUAUUAUUUUUUAUUUAUUUAUCAUAUUUUUUUUUUGAUUAAUUAA